AUGAGCUGCAUCUCGAUGCUCUUCGUUAUGGUCGUCGCUUGUCUUGCUCUUUCAAAUGCAAUGUAUGUCAAUCCUGACUACUAUUAUGUCGAGCAACUACCAACAAUGAAGAAAUCGGGACAGCUGAGAGCCUUGGCCGGCUCCCGAAACUGUUUCUUCUCGCCAGUCAACUGUAUCAUCACACAUGACAUUAACUCGUACCGUCGACUUGCUAAAGGAUCCAGUUAUGCGUAA